CAGAGGACUCUGAUAUGUACUUUAUUAUAUUACACAGACGAGGUUAUGCACUACUGCUACCAUUUUAGCCAGUUUUAGUGUUGACACAUGCUUUAUAUAGUUCAAACAUUUUUUAUUCUGAGAAUCUAAGCUCAAAUUAAUUGGCUGAAUCAUUUGAUACACAUUCUGGUAAGGAUGAACUUGGCAACCAGUAUAUUUAGGUUAGGCUGUACCAAAGUUAAUAACAUUUACAAGUUUGGUGGUUGCCUGAGCCGAGAUGCCUCAACGACUAACAGAUACCCUGUUAAUUGGACUCGGCCUCCGAUAAAAACCGAAGCAGAUCCUACUCAAAGCGGUGAUUUAGGUCUAGAUAUUCCUAUAAAAAAAAGUGAAAUUGCAUUGUACUAUAAUCGUUCAACUGAACUGGAAGAUGCAAAUGAUAUCGUACAAAAAAUGUUUUCCUUGGAAUUUCAAUCUCGAAGAGAAUUUCGAAAUUUGAAAAGAGAGAAGGUAAUGGCAUUAGUGAAAAGGCAUGUUUCUGACCGAGGAUCUACAGAAUCAGUAAUUGCUGCAAUGACUAGCGAGAUACAGCACCUUCAGGAAUAUAUGGAGAAACAUCCAAGAAACAAACCAACAAAGGUAGUCUUAAAAGAAUUAGUCGACAAAAGAAGAAAAUAUUUAAGAUACCUACGUAAAUGGGACUACAAACGAUUUGAAUGGCUUUUAGAGCGUUUGAAUCUUGUUUACAAACCUAUACCAGAAAAGUUGGGUACGGUGGCAAAGAAAGAAUCGAUUAGACGAUUAACACAAGAGUAUUGUGAUAAAAUCAUUCAAAACAAAAUUGAUGCGUAUAAGGCUCAGUUGAGAGAACAAAAAAAGAACUUUUACCGUGAAAAAGCAGAGAAACUGGCAUUUAUUUUAAAAGAAGAAACAGAGUGUGGAGUGAAUCCAUCAGUCACAGAGGAAGAAAUUGAAGCUGCACGGAAGAAAGCAGAUGAGUUGUCAGUGUAAAUAAAUAAUAAGUGAAAUAAAACUAAGUCAUGAUGCAACUUAGUUUUCUCCAAAUCUUAUAAACCAGUUUUCUUGAAUCAAUUUGCGUUUGCAAUGGAAUUUUUCUGACGUUCUGAUUCUUUCUAUAUUAACUCUCUUCAUGUUUCCAGAAAUUUCAUAUUAUAAGUUAUAAAUCAUAGGAGUCAUCGAUACUCGAGCGUCAAAUAUACAUAUAUGUACAUAAUAAAUAAUAAUACUUAUGAUAAUUUAA